UUAUAAAACAAGUGCAGUUUUUAUUUUCUAUUAAUUUAAGCCAUAGAUACAAUAUUUACUUUCUUUCAGUGGCAUGUUUGCUACUGACGGGUAAAUGCCAUUGAGUUUACUUUUCGAGUACACAACUCCAUGAUGAAUUACAGUCGAUCUUGUAGAAGUGGUAUUGAUCUAAAACUUUAAUUCUUACUUUAGGCAAACAUUUCAAUGUCAUACAAUCGGAAUAAAUGGCUUUAAGGUAGUUGUUUUAUGUAAAUCGGAAUGAUAAGUGAUCGAACAGAUAAAUUUCCAAUGCUUUUAUUGCAUGUUGUAUGGCACAAAGAAAAUCGAACAGAAUGAAUGUGAUAUAAUGAAUAUGCAAUUCAAACCACUAAAGUUUGAUUUCUUUGAAAGUGGGUGUAAUUCUUGAUUUAUUUGGAGCUAUUCUUUUCUGGUUUACUUGUAUCAUACAGCAAGACGUCAAAGUAUGCAACUUGAUUGAUGACUGGAAGCAGCGACAGCAGCAGCACCAAUUACAAAAGCAGCACCAAUAAUGGCGUUCUCCUAUCUGGGCCCCGAGUCGCCGCGACCCCUGUCGGUUAUUUCGGAGGGAUUCCAAAACCGGUUCCGUAUCCCGGCGUACCCGGAAUGGCAGGGUUACAGCUUUGGUUCACGGUACGACGAGGACAUGUAUACACUGGUGGACAAGUAUCUUGGGCUUGAGACCACGGACAGGGUCUGCUACAUCGGCGACCCUAAGGGCAGCCUUGCAGAGGGGAUCAUAAACAGGUUUUGCUUGCUGGAGCCUGUGAUGAACGUGAUCCCCGGCCAUUACAGUUACGUGGAGACAGAAUCGAAUAAAAUGCUGCCCAUCCGCGUCGCAAAUGUCGGUUCUGAAGAGUACUUCCGAUUGCAGGCCAAGGAGAAGCCAGAAACACGCAUUGUGUUUGACAAGAUUGUCAUUAAGGACGCUCUCCGUUACUUCGAGAACCCUGUAGAAAUGUACUGCAACAUCAUGAAAUGUCUCAGUAAAGACGGCAAAAUGCUAAUUAUUCACAGAGCAAGUUCCAUCAACACACUUCCGGUAUUCAUGAAUGCUAAACGGCGAUUGGAGGACAAUGAAAUUCCCUAUUCUGACGUCAUCAAAGACUUGAAGGCAUUGGAUUUUGAUGUCCAAUGGGAAAUCGAGAACCUGAACCUAACAAUUUCAAAGAAACAGUGGUACUCAAUGCUCGAAUCGAAGUUUCCGCCGCAAAUGGAAAUCAUGAGCGACUUUGAAGUCCGGUCAGGGAUCCGUGAACUUACAGAAGGGAUCAUGAAGUAUGAAGGGGACUUGGUGGAGGUCAAUGACAGACUUCUAUUUAUAGUAGUAUCCAAUCCCGCGCAGCGCAAACGCGGGUUCCCAAGUAUUAAGCGCUACAAUGCAGAUGAGAUGGUGCCUUUCCCAAAUGCGAAGGACUUGAAUUAUUCCAUGGAGAUUUCUCCUGACUUAAACGACUUUGUGCAAGACAAACUAAAGAAAAUGGCAAAGGAACGCCAGCAGACUAGCGGGAUAGUGUUUGGAUAGGCCAACGAGCGGAGGUCUUUGUCCGUCCAUUAUAAACAGUAUUCACCACAUGUAUGUCUGUGCAGAUGGAAAUUGUGUGUUAAAUGUUGUAAUGCAAUAAUCUUAAGGUUAACAUUUAGAACCUGCAGUAUACAUUUAAUGAUUGUGUAAUGAGUCAUUCAAUGACAAAUUUAAAAUCGACCGUUUAUUGUUAACAGUAUUCGAGCUUGAAUAAUAAAAUAUCAAGAAAUCAAUUAGUCAAUAACAAUCUCAGUAACAUUUCCAUUAACAUUGACCAAAUUUGACCACAGAAGGUUACAUUAAAGUAAACAUAAGU